GCAGUGGCUGUAGCACGGCGGUCACACUGCAGAGCGAGGGUGAAGCCAAGUCCACGAAAAAGUGAAUAAAAAGCGUAAAAUGUGUGUGAAAUAGUGAAAAUGCAAAAGCAAUAGGAAAGCGAGGGACCCAAAGUGACAAUGUGCCGCACGAUUGGCCGCAGAUAAAGCUCUAAAUCGCCGCGAGGGGCAUCCACUGCGCCCUGCAUACCUGUGUAUGAAAAACCUGCUGCCGCGGCCGUAAUUACAGUUAGACACUAAAAUAGCUGCACGGUCAGGUUGCGCGGAGAUUUGGGGCACGCAGCUCGGCGAGAAGGGGACUCGGGAUCGGGCGUAGCCCACGCACGCUAGCCCAAUUGCAAUGGAAAACGAAUCCGUCAAGUCGGAACACAGUGGACGCUCGAGACGCUCGCGGAAUCACAACAACAACGGCGGAGGGGGUGGCGGUGGCGGAGGCGGCGGAGCAGGAGGAGGAGGAGGCAGUGUGAACAACGGCUACCAUAGGGAGAGGGAUCGUUCCAGGCACUCGCAUCGCAGCACGCACUCCUCCAAGUCGGGCAAGGGAUUCCAGCGGGGCGACAUGGCACCGUACCAGACCAGCGUUAAUAUGACAGGUGACGGCAGCCACGACGGCCAGGAGGUCAUCGAGGUGCAGAUUCUGCCGCAGGACGAGAACUGGGGCGAGAACACCACCGCCGUCACAGGCAACACCUCCGAGCAGAGCAUCUCGAUGGAGGACAUCAACAACAUGUGGCACCGCGAGAACGACAAGGGCUUCGGCUUCGCCUGCCGCCGCUACGUGGAGUCCGGCUUCUACUUUCUGCUGGGCUGCGGCGCCUUCUUCUCCCCGGUGGCCAUGGUGGUGAUGCCCUACGUGGGCUUCUUCCCCUCGGCCUUCGACCACCCGGAGCUGACGCAGACGGUGCGCACCCAGCUGCUGGCCUGCAGCGAGCAGUGCAAGGGCCAACUGGUCUCGCUCGCCGCCCGCCUCCUGCUCCUGGCCAUCGGUCUGUGGGCGGUCUUCAUGCGCCGCACUGCGGCCAGCAUGCCGCGGAUUUUCCUGUACCGCGCCUUGGUCCUCCUGCUGGUCACCAUCUGCACCUUCGCCUACUGGCUCUUCUACGUCGUGCAGGUCACGAACGGGGCCAAGAUCGUCGUGGAGACGGGCGGCGAUGCCGUGGACUACAAGUCACUGGUGGGCUACGCCACCAACUUUGUGGACACCCUGCUGUUCAUCCACUAUGUGGCCGUGGUGCUGCUGGAGCUGCGCCACCAGCAGCCCUGCUACUACGUCAAGAUCAUCCGCUCCCCGGACGGCGUCUCGCGCUCCUACAUGCUGGGCCAACUGAGCAUUCAGCGGGCGGCGGUGUGGGUGCUGCAGCACUACUACGUGGACUUUCCCAUUUUCAAUCCCUACCUGGAGCGCAUCCCCAUCUCGGUCUCCAAGUCGCAGCGCAACAAGAUAUCGAACAGCUUCAAGUACUACGAGGUGGACGGGGUGAGCAAUUCGCAGCAGCAGAGCCAGAGCAGGGCGGUUCUGGCGGCCAAUGCCCGGAGGCGCGACUCGUCGCACAACGAGAGAUUCUACGAGGAGCACGAGUACGAGCGUCGCGUGAAGAAGCGGCGCGCCCGUCUCAUCACCGCCGCCGAGGAGGCCUUCACCCACAUCAAGCGAAUUCACAACGAACCCGCUCCGGCAUUGCCGCUCGAUCCGCAGGAGGCUGCCUCAGCUGUCUUUCCCUCGAUGGCCAGGGCUUUGCAAAAGUAUUUGCGAGUGACGCGCCAGCAGCCGCGACACACCUUCGAGAGCAUCCUGAAGCACCUGGCGCACUGCCUGAAGCACGAUCUGUCGCCGCGCGCCUUCCUGGAACCGUACUUGACCGAGUCGCCAGUGAUGCAAAGCGAGAAGGAGCGCCGCUGGGUGCAGUCGUGGUCGCUGAUCUGCGACGAGAUCGUCUCCCGACCCAUUGGCAACGAGUGCACUUUCCAGCUGAUUCAGAACGAUGUCUCCCUCAUGGUCACCGUGCACAAGCUGCCGCACUUCAACCUGGCCGAGGAGGUUGUGGACCCCAAGAGCAACAAGUUUGUGCUAAAGUUAAACUCGGAGACAUCCGUAUGACACCACCACAACGCCCCGCCGAUCAUCACGCCCACGCACAGCAACCAGACGCAAUCGUCCUAUCUGCAUGUGUUUGUCUGAUAAUCCCGAUAUUCUUAUACUCCCAUUCCUUUUUUAUUAAUAAUUUUUCAGACCUGAAAAGUAAUUCAUUUCCAAAAACAUCAUCAUAAUCAAAUUAAGCAAUCAAAAUUAAUGAAUACGCUACAAAAAUAACUAGCUGAACAGAACGUCACUCAAUUCCUAGAAUUUAAAAAACCAGAAACAGGUCGGAAGCUUGAAAUCGACAAAAAUUCAAACAGGCCCUGUACUU